AUGCCAAAUACACGUUUGGAAGAGAUUGGGGAAUGGCUCAUAGAAUUUUUUUUGUAUGCCUUUGCAUUAUUUGUUGCUUAUCGAUACUCAGAAACAGGUUUAUGUGUGUUCGCUUGGUUAGGUGUUAUUAAUCUGGUUUUAUUUGGUUUCGUUAUUUUAAUUCUUAUUAUAUCUGGUAUAUUUGGUUCACCUAAAAACGAUUCAAGUGACAAAUAUUCAACCACUAGUAGACAGAACAUCGAACGUGUCAAUAAAGAACCAUAUAGUCCAUUCUUUUGUGUUGCUAUAUACACAGUUAAUUUUAUUCUUAUGAUAAUCAUUGUUAAAUUAACCUUCAAAUUUUCGAAACUUAUUGCUGCUAAAAAAGCUUAUCUCAUUCAACAAACUCAACGUGCAAUAUACUCAAUUAUUUAG